GAUGAUGAGGUGGUAGAAGAAUAUAGUGAAAAUAAUUUCUAUGAAUCUGAUGAAGAACAGAAAGAAAAGGAUCGAAAAGUGAAAAACACCUAUACUAUGGACCCAGAUCACAGGCUGCUGUUACGGAAUACAAAGCCCUUGCUACAAAGCCGAAAUGCUGCUGUGGUAAUGGCAGUUGCACAGCUUUACUGGCAUUUGGCACCCAAAUCCGAAGCUGGUAUUGUUUCUAAGUCAUUGGUCCGUUUACUCCAUAGUAAUAGGGAGGUGCAGUAUAUUGUUCUGCAAAAUAUUGCCACUAUGUCAAUUCAGAGAAAGGGCAUGUUUGAACCAUAUCUGAAGAGUUUCUAUGUUAGAUCAACUGAUCCAACAAUGAUCAAAACACUGAAGCUUGAAAUCUUGACAAAUUUAGCAAAUGAAGCCAACAUAUCAACUCUACUUCGAGAAUUUCAGACUUACGUGAAAAGCCAAGAUAAACAGUUUGCUGCAGCUACAAUUCAGGCUAUAGGCAGAUGUGCAACUAACAUCACCGAGGUGACUGACACAUGUCUUAGUGGCCUUGUAUGUUUGCUCUCCAACAGGAAUGAAAUUGUAGUUGCUGAAAGUGUUGUUGUCAUUAAGAAGUUGCUGCAAACCCAGCCAGCACACCAUGGUGAAAUAAUUAAGCAUAUGGCCAAACUCUUGGAUAACAUUACAGUUCCGGUAGCCAGAGCCAGCAUUCUUUGGCUCAUCGGUGAGUACUGUGAACGAGUUCCAAAGAUCGCACCUGAUGUUUUGAGAAAGACAGCCAAGAGUUUCACUAACGAAGACGACCUUGUAAAGUUGCAGAUCUUAAAUUUGGGUGCAAAACUGUAUUUAACAAACUCAAAGCAGACAAAAUUGCUUACCCAGUAUGUAUUAAAUCUCGGCAAGUAUGAUCAAAGCUACGACAUCAGAGACCGUACAAGAUUUAUUAGGCAGCUUAUUGUUCCGAAUGAGAAGAGUGGAGCUUUAAGCAAAUAUGCCAAAAAAAUAUUUCUGGCACAGAAACCUGCCCCAUUGCUUGAAUCUCCUUUUAAAGAUCGAGAUCAUUUCCAGCUUGGCACCUUGUCUCACACGCUGAACAGCCGAGCCACUGGCUACCUGGAGCUGUCCGACUGGCCAGAGGUGGCGCCUGACCCCUCCGUCCGAAACGUCGACGUAGCCGAGUCGGCAAAGGAAUGGACUGGAAUUCUAGGUAAGACAAAGAAAGAGAAACCUACUGAAAAGUUCUACUCUGAGUCAGAAGAGGAGGAAGAUGAGUCUGCCAGUACCACUGCAUCAGAGAGCGAGUCUGGCAGUGAAAGUGAGAAGGGAGAUAAGGAGGAAGGCAGCAGUGAUGAGAGUAGCGAGAGUUCCUCUUCCAGUGAAGAGUCGAGUGACAGUGAUUCAGACUCCAAAGAAAGUACUGCAAAUAAAACAUCUACAGCUGCUGCUGAAAGUGAUUCAGAGGACAUUGGAAAGAAAACAAAGGGGAUCUCCAAAACGGGAAGCAUAUCCAGUUCCUCUGAUACAGAGUCCACUUCAUCAGAAGAAAGUUCUUCAGACUCCAAGUCAGAAUCAGACUCUAAAAGUGACUGUGCGUCUGGAAAAUCUAGAAGUGCUACCUCUAGUAAGAAAGAAGAAAAACCAGUACAAGAUAGAAAAGCUCCAAAUAAACAAGAUGUGUUUCUCUUAGAUUUAGAUGAUUUCUGUCCUGUGACAACUCCUGUGGCAGUUCCUACAGCAGCUAUCUUGUCCCCAAAUUUAACAGCAGACCUAGAGGGAUUAAGUCUGUCAAGUUCAUCAGUCAUUCAU